UCUUUUUUUAACCAACUCGGACACUCUUAACUUUUCCAGCUCAACCUGCUGAUCGCUGGCCUGUUUUGCCAUCUUUCGGUCAUGCUCUUGCUGCAAUCCUAGGAUUUCUUUUCUCUGCUCAAAUGUUAGCCCCUCAUAAGCCACACUAGGCUUUUCCUUUAUUGGCGAAGUAGGAGGCAAAAUUCCAUUUUCAACAAAAUGCCGUUUCAAGGCCGUCAGCAGCUCAUCUUUUCGCCACCGUUUAUCAGACCCCCCUAUAUUGUACUGAGCUACCAGCUCCCACAAUUGCUUCUUUGAAAAUGCCCCUAACAACUCCGCUGACGGAGCCUCUACAAAAUCUGCAACAGACGACAUGGUCUAGAAAAUCAAAAUUCCAAAUCCAAAACUAUAUUACCUAACUCAAAUCACCACGGGCCAAUACCAAAAUAUCAGAUAAGGCUGCGCAAACACUAACCAACAGGCAGCGCCCCUGCGCAGGACACAGGUCAAUAACGAAAUAACUCCCCGUCUAAACUAUACAAAGCCAAACUAACUAAACUACCCCCUAACGUCUUCGUGUUACCCCCAAGGACUGAGCUCUUUUAUACACCCAGAUACCGACAACCCAAGAUCAAACUAAUUGUCUAAACUCAAGAAGCGGCGGUGCCUCAGCCCAGGAGUAAUCACAAAAAUAACAAAACCACCCUCGGCGACCCUUCAACCUAACUGGGGAGAUCAACGAACAAAAGUUAAUAACCUGUUACCAAACGCAGGUACACUUACCCAUAGGCCGCAAAUCCAAACGCGCUGGGCUGCCACAACGGAAAAACAAUAAUCCCGGAGCUGCAAAAUAAUCGAAUAAACGUAACACAUUUCAACCGAACUACAAAAUGAACAUGCGGUCCUCCUUUGUCCUCCCCAACGCAACCCGACACUAUAGGCUACGAAACUUUGAAGUAUGAUUUUACACGCAGGUUUGACGAGCCCCCAUGUUAUGGCCUGGCUCAAAAGGCCAUAACCAAACAAAGGGGAAGACAAACCAAGAGGACCAACGUUUAACUGAUUUAUUAAAUAAAAGAAGCGAAAACAAUGCGUAAGUCCGUAUCAGUAAAUCAGUAAAUGAGAAUUUAGUAUGUCAGCAGAAGUGCGUGUUGCGAUUUGUGUGCUGAGAUGAAAAUGCAUGGAUGUGACAAAGGAAACAAAAGAAACGACGGCAGCUCUCUCGAGGGAUUCCGAACGGCCAAACGCAGCCCAGCCCCCUCCAGGGGUGCACGGAGAACCCUUUAUACACCUGAGUGUAAGCAGCCUAAUGGGACCUCCGUAGCCACACCCACGCCAGCAAUUACACCUGCAGAAGGGAGACACAGAGCGGGAGAGAGCGCGCAAGCAGGAAGAGCGGAUGCAGCCUGCAGCCUGCAGCCGUCACACCUACCAAUGGAGAUUGCGGGGAAGAAGAGGAGAAAGUAUUCAACUAGCAGCAAUGACUCGGACACCACUGACAGUCAUGUUACUUCCUGGUCAAAGUCUUCGAAGACGACUGGUACCAACAGUACAUGGGUUCGGCAAGAGCAGAAGAAGCCUUCAGAAACGGACUUCAUCACGGCCAUGAAGCUGCCGGACUCGGCUCAGCUGAGCACUGAGGAGUUCUACGUGCUGUCUGACCCCUGGAGGCAGGAGUGGAAAAGGGGGUCCAGGUCCCCGCCAACAUGGACACCAUCCCAGAGCCUGUGGUCAGAAUGCUUCCAGAGACCAAUCGAAUCCCAUUCUUCACGACGCCCCACGCCAGACUGUACACGGAGUCUGACUCACGGCACCUUGGCGAGCCACCCACCCGAUACGACCUGGACGACCUGGAUGUGGCCUGGCUGGAGCUCGUCAACACAGAGUUUAGGGAGCUGGCGCUGCCUGAGCUGGACGAGCUGAGUAUGGAGCGCGUGCUGGAGGAGCUGGAGCGGCAGUGCCAGGAGAAGAUGCAGCAGGCCAUCGAGACCGAGGAGGGCCUGGGCAUCGAGUACGACGAGGACGUGGUGUGUGACGUGUGCCGCUCGCCCGAGGGAGAAGACGGCAACGAGAUGGUCUUCUGCGACAAGUGCAACAUCUGUGUGCAUCAGGCCUGUUACGGGAUCCUGAAGGUGCCCCAGGGCAACUGGCUGUGCCGCACCUGUGCCCUGGGGGUGCAGCCCAAAUGCCUUCUGUGCCCCAAGCGAGGAGGAGCGCUCAAGCCCACUCGCAGCGGAACCAAGUGGGUCCACGUCAGUUGUGCCUUAUGGAUCCCAGAGGUAAGCAUUGGCUGUCCUGAGAAAAUGGAGCCCAUCACUAAAGUGUCUCACAUCCCGGCCAGUCGGUGGGCCUUGUCCUGUAGCCUGUGUCGGGAGCACACAGGCACCUGCAUACAGUGCUCCAUGCCCUCGUGCAUCGUGGCGUUCCACGUGACGUGUGCCUUCGAGCACGGCCUGGAGAUGCACACCAUCCUGGCGGAGAACGACGAGGUGCGCUUCAAGUCCUACUGCCUGGAGCACAGCUACAACACCAACACCGGCGCCGCCGCCGCCGCCUCCACCGACCACCCCCGGGCCGACGCCGGGCCGCAACCGCAACCGGACCGGCAGAAGGCCAGCAGCCAGCGCAAGCAGAAGCUCCAGGAGCUGGAGGACGAGUUCUACCGGCUGGUGGAGCCGCGCGCCGUGGCCGACAGGAUGGGGCUGCCCGACGCGCACGUGGACUUCCUGUUCCAGUUCUGGAAGCUGCGGCGGAGGGCCAACUUCAACCGGCCGCUGGUGGCGGUCAAGCGCGACGAGGUGGACAACCUGGCCCAGCAGGAGCAGGACGUCCUCUACCGCCGCCUCAAGCUCUUCACACACCUGCGGCAGGACCUGGAGAGGGUGAGGAACCUGUGCUAUAUGGUGACGCGACGGGAGAAGAUGAAGCACUCGCUGUGUGACGUCCAGGAGAAGAUCUUCCACCUGCAGAUCCAGCUGCUGGAGAAGGACCUGGCAGGAGAUAAAACGCUUAAAGGGGAGAAGGGCCGGAAGCAGAACGGCGUCAAGGAGCGCGGCAAGGAGCGGCGGAGCGACGGGACCAAGGAGCGCUGGAAGUCCGACAACGGCUCUCUGCUCAGGCAGCUGGGUGUCCCUCUGGACGGCUCCCUGUUUGACAGCUGGCUGGCUCAGUCGGUGCAGAUCACGGCGGACGACAUGCUGAGCCGCUGGACGCUGGAGGGCGAGCGGCGCGACCCCACGGCCAGCCUGCUGUCCCACCAGCUGCAGCAGGGCGAGCAGAACCUGCUCAACCUCAUGAUGGACCACUCCAUGCAGUCGGCCUGGAAGACCCCGCAGCUGGGCCGCAAGGCUCGCACCAAGCCCCGCGCCGCCCGGGCCCACAAGGACUCCACCUCCUCCUCCUCCUCCUCCUCCGCCACCUGCUGCGGUGGGACUCCCGGCACUCCCGUCACGGCCGCCGCCGCCGCCGCAGCUGCCAAGGGCUUACGGAGCGUGUGCGAGGAAGCGGGCGGGUACGGCGGGUACGGGGUCGUAGGUCGGCGCGGCGAGAGGCUUCGGGCCUCCAGAGCCCUGCUGCAUCACCACCAUCACCACGCCGGCCACCUCCACCACCACCACCUCCACCACCACCACCACCACACCCGGCACAGCGCCGAGGCCCAGCCGGAGCCCCUCCAGCCGCCCAUCUCCAAAAUGGACUCCUGUCACAUCUCGGACGAGAGGGGCCCUUGGCAGCAGCCGCACCCCAGGCAGCCUGCGGCCGGCGCCGCUCCCGAGCCGGGAGGAGGAGGAGGACUGGCGUCGGCGUCGGCAACGCCGGAGAGCCCCGAGUCGCCGGCGGCGGUGGGUGGUGGUGGUGGUGGCGGUGCCGCCUCCGUGGGCAGACCAGCUCUGCGGGCGCGAGUCACGCGGCAGGGCAAGUCCCGAUCGAAGGGCGGCGGCGGCGGCGUCGGCUGCGGCGGUGGCGGGCAGGAGAGCGCGGAACCGGACCGUGACGCGGAGCGCACCGAGGAGGCGUCGCCGCCGCCGCCACUUCCUGUCGCCGAGACCCCGCUGACGACGCCCGCCGGCACGAACGGUUACUUCUCCGACGCCGAGCGGAACGGCAGCGACCCGCGGCCCACCAGCCGGAAACUCCGCCUCGGCCAGUUGCAUGCUGGGAACGAGGAAGUGUUGAGGCGGAGCGUGCUGGCCUCCUGAGGACGGGGGGGGCACAUGUCUCCUGUUGCCAUGGUUACAGGCCCCACCCCACACCCAGCUUUUUCAACACCGUGUACACAGUUUUGGGUUCCCCUGUUUGCUUUUCUGUCUAUAGAUCGCUUUAUACAACCAAAUCUGUAUAACCCUGUCAAACUGCUUAUCUGCUACAGUAAGGAACUGUUGUCUUAGUCCUUAGAUGGGUUAGUCCUUUGGCUGCAUUAAGGCAACAUAAUCAUUUGUGCUUUUUGAAACAUCAAACAAACAAACAAAAAAAGAAAACAAACAAAAAAAAAUAAUGCUGUAUGUUGAACAUUAGCGAGAACGGACCUCAGCGUAGCUGUUGUGUUCUUCUCUCUUCGUCAUUGGAUGUUGAAGUGGACAUGGGAGACCAUGUGAUCAGGCACAGUGGCAGCUUAUAUAGGGUCAGAAGCCCUGGGGAAAGAGGAGGAAUCAUUAUGGGCAUUAUUUAGCUGGUUCAGGUUUGAUUCUUCCUCUGCGAAACUGACGAGUUGAAUUUGACAAAGUCCAGUGGAUGUGUCUCGUUUUUUCGAAGCCUUGUUGUUGAACUUGUACAGAGAAUAUCAGAUUUCUAAGCCUAUAUUGAGAAAAAAAAAAGCACAAUUAGUUCAACAGAGACUGUGGAACACUCGACUCACCGACAGACAGACAGACAGACACACACACACACACACAUACACACACACAAACACACAAACACACACUUGCACCCGCGCUCUCACACACACACACAGGUUUAAUCAGUAACUGCUACACAGAUGAAGAGAAAACAUCAAAGUGAAUCCUUCCUUGAUUCAGAGCCUAUUUAGUUGAAGUGGACGGGCUUUGAUAAGUCCACACAGCACUCUGAAUUCCCUCUCUCUCUGGCCCAAGCGUUCAUAUAUCAAAGCUAACCUUCAAUCUUCAAUUCUUCUUUGAUGAAAAGGUGCCUUCUGUCGUCCCCCCCCUCAAACAAGGUAAAUAAUCACGUGCUAAUGAAAUUUGUUACAAUCAUAGGAACAUUGAAAUGGAAAUCAGUAGACGAACAGCAGGUCCCAAUCUUCUUAUUGUAGUGCCUACAAUAUAUGCCUAAAGAUGUAUAUGAAUGCAGCAUUUGCCAUUUAUCAACCCAGCAAGAAACAAGACCACAAAAAUAAUGUACCCAAGCAAAUUGCUGCUAUGAAAUGAUCAAUACAAAAACCUUGCCUCCGAUUGGAGAAAUCAUAGGAUAAGUCUCAUAACUCCAACAGGUGAAUCAUGCUCUUUGUAAAUGGCUUUUGUGCUCAUGCAUUUUUUUUGUCUUUUGCAAGUUGUAUUUUAUACUUCUAGUGGUCCAUGGUAUUUUCUCAGGGUUAUAGAUAUGAGGGUUGAAAACUCAAUCAAAGAGAAGUGAAGCAGAGAUAUUCAUAUUUUAUACACAAACGCAUAGAAAUGCUCCUUUGGCAAAAGUCACUGUUUGAAAUCUGACUACUGAGGGUGUUCUCUCUGAGCUAAAAGGCUGUUUUGUUUUUUGGUUCUUUUUGUUUUUUUGUUUUGUUUAUUUUUGUUUUUGUUGUUGAUUUCCGCUUUGACAAUGCCAAAGAUCAGUGCGUUGACCACGACACCAUAAUAUAACGCUCUCCCGUGUCAAGAAGUUCAAACCUAAAACAGGCGUGUCUAUACAAUCCGACGGAGAGCAGUCUGUUUUCAUAUUCGAGCCGGCAGGGUGUUCUACUGUGGGGGGCUGCAGGUCCCGUUCACCCACCACCACCACCACCACGUUCGACCACCAGUCGACCAGCCCCUCAGCUCCUGCAGCCCCCACAACCCCAAUGGUCGUCACCACCACCACCACUGUCUGGCCUCUCAUCACAGAGCAAUCCUUCACCCUCUUACAGGGGGGCUCUCAAAGCUAUAACUCAGAGCAGUGAGCCCCAACACACCACAAGCAACACACUCUACAGUCCGACGGGCCGCAGUACUGCGCCACUACCCCAACACUGGCACUUCUGGGUUCCGUUUUGGAACACUUCUGGGUUCUGUUUAGAACACAGCCGUUCUUCUGAUUCUCCUUUUGUUUUGCGUUUCGUUCUUGUGAGGAUUCUGACCUCUGCAAGACCGUAUGACCGUGUAAGCAGUAUAGCGAGCUCUCUUCGGGUCUCUCUAUGCUCUGACAGUCCGAAUGGCCUUGGCCGACUGACCUUGGCCGACUGACCUAGUCGACUGACCUUGGCCGACUGACCUAGUCGCGUCGGGGCAGGUAGGGGGGAGAUGGAGAUGUGCCUCUCCAUCCUCCUCUGAAGCCACACACACACAUACACACAAGCACACACACACACCCUCCACCGGAUGGCUGUUUUACUCAUUGCCAAGACAAUGAACCAUCAACCGAGUUCAGUGCUCGUAACUGAUUUUUCUUUUUUCUUUUAGUUUUGUAUAGUCCAUGUAGCCCGGGACGCUCAGAGCUGACCGGUUCGUCGUAGAAAGCAGGUUUAGUAGCCGCAGCCUCACCGCUGCUCACAGAAAUGGUAGACUUGACUUUUACGUUUCUUCUUCACUUAGUCGUUUUUGUUUGUUUUUUUCGUUGCAAGUAACUGGAGUCCAAGGGUCCUGCAAGUGUGUGUGUGAACUCUGGACAGGGGACAAGGAGAGUGCGUCUUAUCGUCACAGUCCACAGUGAUGGGAGCAAGGGCUCUCUCCUCCUCCAGCUUCCGUUGAGCGCUUUGAGGCGCCCAUAGUCUCAAAGCCACACUCUCAUAGCUGCAGCCACCAGGCCCUCUCCUAUAGGAUUAGCUGCUUAGUCCCAGACGGACAUUAACUCCAGGCCGUAGUAGUGGAUCUGCCAUUAUCUGGGUUUUAGUAUGCACCAACAGUUAUGUAUAAUACUGUACUACUACUAGCACCGCUGUUUAACCAACCCCCCCCCCCCCCUUCCUCCGCCCCAGUGUAAAAGGCUUGCUAGCUGUUACAUAUGCUUCAAACCGUACGUCAUAUAACUAUAACAAUAACUUUGUACUCUCUCUUCAGUCCGACUGCUUCCGUACUGCCACACGUGCGCCGCCAACGCUUCCUCACGGCCAAGUCGUUUCUCUCGGGGGGGCUCGGUACCCCACAGAGCGAUGCUUCCGGCCUCCUACGAAUUCACGACCUAAACACACACCUUCCCCCAUCAUCAUCUCCUCGACUUCCUACCACCAGUAAAUCACCACCAGUAAAACACAGCACAGCAGGGAAAGCCGAUUGCAGACGGUGAAGCAUCAUUUAGCGGUAGGGAUUACUGUUGAAGUACGGUGUUGUGAGACCCCUCAUUCCUUAAGGGAUGGUAUCGGAGUAAUCACAGUAGGCUGGAGCUCCAAGUGCAGGUGCAGCAUCGCGACUUCACCUUAGGGAGUUGUGACUCUCCUGUCUCUGAGUGUCCGUUUUAACUUCCGAGAGCUCCGUGCAAAACAUGGUGUGAGCGCUGCGGGGCAGUGGACGAUGGUCAGGACCAAAAGGCCACAGCAGAGGCACAUGUCUGUGUCCUGGAUAGGGGCCCCUUAUGCCUUCGUUGUUUCUUGGGCAGCUAACAGGCGCGAGGGGAACCACUGCACUUAUAAAACCACUCAACGUUCCUCUCCGUGCACUCGAACAGAUUUGAUUUCCAACGGUCAUGUAGACAGAAAGCGUUUUCUGCGGUUACGGUGCACUUUUUUUUGUUCUGUGGAAUCGAAAAUUGGCACAUGAAGUAAUUGCAUACCAUCUCCGAAAGAGUUCUGAGUUAGGCCGUUACUCCAGUUGGAUUCUCGUCUGAUGGCAUUCGACCUCCUACCCUUGACUUUGACAUCUACCUGCAUGCACUCACAGACCUGCUCGCAGGUCUCUGCCUUGCACUCCGCUGCGGCACUCCUGUCAGUCAAUCGCCGCCUACGCUUCAGUUUACUGUGCCGCUCCGUGCUUAUUUUGCCCCACCCACCCACAACCCCCCCUCCACUCUCCGUUUCAAAACAACAACGAAAAAGCAAUCCGAUUGGGCCGUGACGUGUCAUCAUUCCACGCCGGCCCCUUUAUUCACUCUUCUGUCAGGCACAUGUUUCAUAUUCAGUCAGCAGUUGUUCUCUCUCUGACGUGAUCGGGGUCCGGCGCCGGGGGACUCGCUCCGCUCCGCACAGCCGGAGGCCUCGCCGCCGAUCCUGUGAUCGCCGCCGUGUUUCCAUUCCGCGUGCGUUUCAGGCUCUGCGUCAGUUAUCGAUAUGAUAAAUAUGAAUGUUGCAGGAGUUUACCCUUCUGUAUUCUUUGUUUCAAAGAAUGUUGUGCCAUUUGUUAAUAGCAGAGAGAAAUAUUGAACAUAUAUUGAAAAAAAAAAAAAACGAAGAGCUAUUAUAAAUUAUUUUUUUGGCUUUUUUUGCUAUAUUUAUUUUCUUGUAUUAGAAUCUUCUUUGUAGGAGGAAAAAGAAAAAAAAUGUAUUUUUCAUUAGUGCAAGAACCUAUUUUUUCCUUUUUGUACAGUUUUCCAUGUUUAAGCAAUCUUUGAAGCAAUAUGAUGUUUCGAUGUUACUGUACCUGCAUGCUGUUUGUGUUGCCUUAACGACGGCUGUGUCUACUUUGGCCCCUCCCAUCUGUCCAUCACUCGCCCGCACGCUGGCGUGGUUGACCAGUACAGUCAAUAAACCAGUGCUUUCUGUGUA